UAUAUAUCAAUGCGCAUUUCACCUGUGAAUUCUGUGCUAGAGGAUCAACUUGUCCAAAUUCUUAAGCGAUACUGUUUGAAAUAUUUGUUAUAUUUGUUAUAGCUUUCAAUUUCAGGAAUUUAGAAGCAAACGCGACUUGCAUAAUGAGUAGAGGAGCUGUGAUUGGAAUCUUUGUUUUAUUGUUUUCAAGUAUCAAGAAUGAUCAAGCUUUUAAAAGUCUGCAAUUUCGACGGUUUAAAGGUUAUAGGUUUCAGUCGCUCGUCGGUUACAAUUUGUCUCCUAAACCAGCCAGAAGUUCUUUGGAUUGUGCAGGAAAAUGUAGAUUACCAGAAUGUGGUAAUUUUGUUUAUAUUUCCAGUAAUAAAACUUGCCACCGUUAUGGUUUAUGGGAUGCUACGUUCACUAUUCAAAGUUCAGUCGUCAGUACAUCUACACCAUCAUAUAUGGAGACAAGCUUAUUUUCAGAUGAUGGUUGGAUUAAAGUAUAUCUCCUAAAAGCUGGAGGCAAUUGUUGGGCCACGUAUACUAUAAUAUACCCGAACGCUGAAUAUAUACGUAAUUGUUACAAAAAUCUUGGAUCAGAUUUUUUCAGAAGUCCUUUAUUGGAUAGUUGGAAUCAAUUACCCCUCAAUCAGGUGAAAUUGGUGAUUUAUAAAAAUAACAAAGCUGUAGUCACGAUGAUAUUUAAUGGAAAAAACUCAACCCUUGGAUCCGUGUUUUCUAUCAACAGAGUUGUUUCGUCACCUUGGAAUGAUUUAACUCCAGCAACUACUUCUCUUAUGUUUGGUUUAAAUGUUUGGCAACCGAGAAAAUUUUAUUUUGCGAAUGUCCACUAUUCAUGCACUAGUGAUACCGGCUGGUUAUUCGUAUCACAAAGUCAUUUGUGUUCUUAUGACUCGGCACUUGUUUUUCCAAAGAUUUUGUAUUCAAAAACAACAUCUUCUACUAACUGGAAUACAGAAUACGAAACUGGCGACUAUUUGGCACUAUACAUCAACUUAUUAUGAGAAAGAAUAUCACCAAAGACUGUUAUUGUUGUUUCAACGUUUGAAUGAAGCAAAACUAAUAUUUCAAUUAGUUUUCAUUCGAUACAAUAAUUCAAACAUAUAUGAUUGAAAUAUUAAUUAUAUCAAUAAAUUCGAAUUAAAUGUAACAAUAAAUUAUAUAAAUUGAAUGAAAAAUACGAAUUAUAUAUAUAACCAAUGCACCGGAUAUUUUUUAUGUAAGUAGCGAUAUAUCUUAGCACAUAUUGCAAAUUAUUUGACCAAUAAAACAGGAUUACUGUAUUUUCAAUCUCGUAGGAAUUAUAGCAAAUUUUUCAUUGUUACUUGUUCAAUGCAAAGAAUCUAG